AUGGAGCUGGCACAAAAGCCACCAUCCAAGCCACCACCAAAGCGUCCUAAAUCAUCUCAGCAUAAGGGCAUGACACUACAUCCUCCGUUAGCGUCUCUGGCGAGGCUUCCAAAUGGAGAGCUACGGGUACCGUCCCCGCUAGCCCGAUACGCCAGCAUGCGGCCACGCGCAUCUUCGGUAGCAGAUUAUAAUUCUGGCUCAGAUCGGCAAGAAAUCGGGUCAUCUCCUGAACGCUCUUCUUCAACCUCUCCACAGUACCUAGUUGGCCUUGAAGUGAUACGUUCUUCAAUGUUUGCUGCACAAAAGUCGUUCCAGAGCAGGGUGCGGGCAAGAGAGUGGGUUCCAGAUGGCUCUCAAGAAAAUGUGCCCCGAGAGUUUCUUGAGCUAACCCAGCAGCGCAAAAGCUCGGAUGCAACAAGUACUGAAGCUCUUUUGGAUCCGUUAGCACGCGAUCGAGUCGCAACUCUUCGAGCUACCCUAGAACAGCUUUUCUUUAGGCUUCAGACUACAGACCAACUACAGACUGACCCUGUCUUUGGGCCCGAUACAGGGGCAGAUCUGGAGCUAGGAGAAUGCAACAUGCCAAUUGAGGAUAUUACUAAGUUCACCACGGAGAUUCUUCAACCAGAAGAUUCAAGUCAUCCAGGUAGCAACUUCGAUACAGUCACAAGCAGUAACAAGUCUGACCCUACCAUUCAGCCUAUUACUCAUUCCACUAUUCCAACCUCACUCGCUCUUUCUAAGCCUACAGAUACUAGUCACUUUUUGCGGUCUAAUGCAGCUCAAAAUUCAAAACCCCCGGAUCAUGAUAUAAUUAGUCAAGACCAUGACGGUGAAAUAAACGAUUUCCUCCUAGGAGACGCUUGUAAGAUUGGUAACCUGCUGACCCCGUUGCCAAGUGUGGAAUUAGACAAGCAAAUUGUGAGCUUUUCAGACAAACAAGGUCUUAGCGAAAUGGACAUUUUUGGUCUAGCAUUUGAUACAUGUCUUGAUUAUCUAUCCAAUUACAAUAGAAAUGGGCAGAUAGCCGAAAUCCUUCAGACCUUGAGUAGAGUCAAAGCAUACUAUGUCAAAAGGAUUAAAAGCACUCCCACGCAGCUAGCUGCAUACCAAGAGGCAGCGAACAUAUUGGAUAGCAAGCUCCAGGUAACGGUACGGGACCUCAAGGAAGCAACGCACGAAAAUCAGGACUUAAGAAUCAGAUUGACUACUUUGAAAGGGAACUAUACAGAAGCAGUGAAGCGCAUUGACGAGCUUGUCUGCCAAAAUACGAUGCAGGCAAGAGAUAUGACUAUUCUUACCCGCCGACUUAAUGUGGCACAGGACCAAGUUAGCCAGCUGUCCUUUACCCUCGAUAUGAUUAAGUCUGAGCUCCUGGACGAAAGAAAUAAGACUAAGCGCCUUGCUGCAACGGCAAACAGAUUCAAGAGCAACCUAGAGCGCGUUGGUGACAGAGCUGCACAGGCAGAGCGGAAGGCGAACUAUGGCGAGUUACAGAUACUAGACCUAGAAAAGCAGAAAAAGACAAUGAUGGCAGAGAUGGCUAUGCUCCAAGAGCAGCUUUCAACGAUUACAGGAGCAUUUGCCAAGGAGAGAGGUGCGCUAGUCUCUGAGAAUGAGCGACUCACCAUGGAGAACAAUGACUUCCAGACUACCCUAGCAAGUGGUGGCAUGUUCUUCGCUUCAGGGGCAGAGGACGGCGAAGCUAACUCUGAGGUCCUGGUUAGGGUAGCAAACAAAAUACAUAAGAGAACGGAUAUGAGUCCCCAUGCCAAGCUGGCUGCAACAACCAUUCUGCGCCUGUGUGCAGAAGACUCCAGAGUUGCGUGCCGACGUCUAGGCAUUACAAACGAUGGCCUUUCUUCCAUCAUGUGGCUUGUUACAGCUGCGAAGAACUCUGAUAACGUGGCCACAUUUCUUACCCACCUUCACGGGCAGUAUUCGUCAUACUUUGUAGCUAAAGGCAUUGCUGUACAGACGAAAGAUAGCUAUGUAAUGGAUGCAAAAGCUAAACGAAAGAAGAAGGCCGCCGAUGCAGUCAUGGACACCGUCAGGAACCUUCGCUUAGCAGCUCCUAACGAGGAACCGAGUGGAUCAGCAGAAAAUAGGAUAUAUACUUCCUUUGAUAACGAAUUUACAGACGCGUCUGCUCCAUCGACCAGUCUUCUUCUAAGAAAAUCCCACAAUGUACUCCUAAAUAUGCAUCGGCAACUACAGAUUUACAGGGAUAAAUAUGAGCAUUUGCCAAUGGACUCAGACAAGGACUUUAAUGAGUUACAGACAUUACUUGCCGAGUACUAUCAAGGGAAAGAAUAUAAUGAGAGAAGCUCAGUCACAACUUAUGAUGUAUACCAAAGACCUUCUUGUGGAGAUUGUCCUUCGGCUCCAUGUGAUUCGGAUUUUGAUCAUCUUAAUCAAUUUGGCUCCCCGAAAGGCGAUGAUGCACUGUUGGAUAAUGGAUCUGGCGAAUUCCUGACGCGAUCUCUGGACAAGGAAUUUGCGUCGACUCAGCUUGAAAAGCGCACUCAUCACAGCAGUACAAUUCCAUCGAUGCAUCCCAGUAAGACAGUCCCAGCUCGCGAUGAUCAAACGGGUGCGCGCACUACUGCUCCCGAGAAGGACUUCUUGCAGCAAGGUGAGACUUUACCUCCAAACCUAUCUAUGGAAUCUGUAGAUUUCGGGGGUCAGUAUGCAUCCUCACAGCUUAUUGAUGAGAGCACAGAAUUCUUUGUUGAUGCAGAGUCUCAUGAAGAACAUUUGCAAAUCAAUAGCGUGGAUAUCUUCGAAGAGACUGUCAAGGCAGCUAACGCAAAAAUUACUUCCAUCGCUUCUCUCGCCACAACCCAGGAACAAAAGGACAAAGUUAUAUUGCUACUACAGAAUCUCCUUUAUAAGUCCAAGUACAAUAGCUCUAUCUUGCAAGUUUUUGAUGAGUAUGCAAAUAGGCUCAUUCGGGAUAAUAACCAGGUGAAAGAACUACUUCUGCAACAACGGAAUGGGAAUGAUCUUGAUGCUAGUACUGAUAAAGCUAAUUCCCCGGAAGCGGUGGCGGCAAACGAGACGACAAAUGGCAUACUGAAGCUAUCCCAAGUGUUAGAUAAUUUAUUUGACGAAAGGAGCCCUGUUUCUGAUGAGCUAGUGCAGAAAGACAAUCAGCAAGCGAGUAUAGAAGUACUCCUUGACGCCAAUCUAUCAAUGUGUACCAAGGAGACCAUCAAUUGGGUUGUUGACCAAAUCAGAUCCAAAGCAGAGCGUGCUCGAAGAAAGAAGGCCAUUAAACACCAAACCACACCCAGACUAACUGCUACCAAUAAAAGGCUAUCAAAUCCCAGGGCUCUUGGUGUUUCUCCGGGUCGAAAGCCUCUUCCAAGCGCGUGUACAAGUGCACGGCAAACCCAAAGAAUGGGUUCUCAAGGAACUCAGUUAGAUAAGGAUGUCAAUGGGACUAACCAUUCUUGUGAGUAUGAGCAACUUUGCGAAGAACAGAAUUUGCUGACAGUUAAUGGUAAGGUUAAUCCAAUGGAUAAUGGAGAGAAAUAUCUAUAUUAUAAAGACGCAAGUGGGAACCUUUGCGCAGUCAAGCACUCGAUCGUCCGUUCAGGUGACGGCUACACACUUCAUGAAUCACGGCCUUCUAGUACUGACAGGUCUGCACACUCAGAAGGGAUAUCAUUUCAGCUUAGCCCAUCUACACAGCGCAGACUUUCUGCUAAAGAUUGCCCAACACGGGGCACGUCUUCGCCUGCUAUAGGGAGUAUAGUAGAUCUCAAUACAAUAGCGUUGGGCAGUACUCCCCCAGUACCAGACCUGCCUUCUAUGGCACCCGCAAUGUUGCUGCAAUCAAAGCGGGUAGGCUCUCCUGCAAAAAGCACUGAUAGCAGACAGAGCUCGUCACGUCUAAAAAGCGGUUCACCCUCUAAGCGACACUUUUACGGUUUGUCAACACAGGAUAUCUUAGCCCGUGUUUCUGAGAAUAUUCGCGGAAAGAGUUGGUCCGCAACUAGACCAUUGUCGUCUCCAUUAAACCCUGGAUAUCCCAUGCAACAGACAAACAAGUCGGAGCCAAGGCUCAUAGUACAAACUAGUGACGGGGCUAUCAGCUUUGUUGAUACCUCUUCAGUCAAGAAGGGCACAUCUGAACUGAUGUCGAUCAUAGAAAAAGAUAAUAGAGUCCUUACCAAUGAUAUCUAUUACGUGGAAGGAAAUCCUACUUCUGUAGUCCUUGCUACAUUUAAUCCUGAUGAUAUUCCAAAGUCUCUGAGCGCAGCUAUUGAUAGACAAGAGACUAUCCUGAUUGAGAAUAAUCAAGACACUGUAGGUAAAGCACAGAUACCUCUCACAAUUUUCUUUAUCAACGACUCUAUAAAUCCAUUGCUACCUCCACCAGAAUGCAUAGAGAAUGCAUCUGCAAUGUUUCUGGCACACCCUCUUCCCCAAGAGCUAGCGGGUGCAGUCAAAAUGGCAAUUGGGACCGCUACUAUUGCAACGCAGACAACCCCCAUGGUCUUGGAUGAAAUAAUUUCAACCGGUGAUCUCCUGGUCAAUGACGCGUUUUCUGUUAUUGAAAAGCUCUUUACAGCUAUGCAUGCAGAUCCACUACAAAUGGAGCAAACCCCUGUGCAGACACCGGCCGAUGUCACACGUAUCGAUUCGAUUCCCAUAGACAAUGAUAAUGCCAUUGAUCUCACUAUGUCACGAUUCACUAAUAUUCCUCUCUUUCCAGACAUCUACAUGACUGAGCAGCUUAUUCCUCAAAAUGAUUCUCAGGCAAAUAACGGUGGGGGCAAAGUUCCCAAAGACAUCAAGCAAACUGAUGACCCUGUGACUCGCACCAGCCCCUUGCUCAGUCUUUUACAGAGAUCUUUGCCAACUAGUCUGCCCCUAGUUACACGCGGGCUUCUAGGACCGUCAGGAAUUACAAAAUACAGCGAUGACAACUCACCAGACCAUCUUCCCCUUGUUCAACAGAGGAACCUCCAUAACAAAGAACAAAGUUUAUUAGAUCUAAAAGCUGCUAGUGAACGGCCAAAAACGGCAAUUAAUACUAGUAGUCCUAUAACAUCAUACCUCAAGAGCAUGGCUAAAUCGCAGUUCAAUCCAGACUCAGAUGUUAAGGACACCGCAGAUAUUGCCACGGACAUGGAGUCACCAUCUGCCAUUCAACAGUUGAGCCCACUGGACGGGUGUAACCUUUCUGGUUCUAUCGCACAGCCACUUGACACAUCUCUACGAUGUACUCGGGAGGACAUGGCUCUAAGUAUGGCCAACGACGAUCUUGUCGACAACAAUUCUAGAACUUACAAGGAGACCGUUCUCGAGCUCCUUUCUGUAUCCCAACGGCACAAAUCCCUUCCAUCCCAACGCUUGCGACAAAGCAUUGAUGCUAAUAAAUUUGCCUCUGAAACCAUCAGACAAAAGAAUAACAUAGCAGAGGGGUCACUUUUAAUAGAAAGCUUAACCCCUGAGGAAGCACGAGGUGGACGUUUGCUACUGUUUGCGCAGCAGCAAAGUAAGUUUAAUUUAGGUCCUGGCAAGGAAUCACCAGCUCUUACAUCCACCACUGAACGCACAGCACUUCAAAACCGUCGCCUUGAGAACAAAAUUCUCAAUCAUCAUAUCCAAGGCCAAUUCCAACCGCAGCUCUCCUCAACCACGUUUAUCAAAACAAAACAGGACAACACUUAUCCUCAAGGACUUGCGCUAACAUAUAGCGAGUAUCUCCAUGCACGUGGCCGUGAUUCUCGUCCAUCUUAUACGGUGACUGCAUCCCAUUCUGGCCACCCAUACUUGCGGCUCCAUCCCAGGCACGGCCAGAAUGUCCUCUUCACCCAAUGUAAUCCCCUUGAACCACCAGAAGGGCCAUUACUUCAGUUUGUUGGUGGGACGUUUGAAGCCCUCGUUACAAAGUUCGGAUCCUUCAAGCGACAUCGUUGUACGCUCCCGCAUGAACUAUUAGAACUAGCACAUUCUCAUUCUGAUGACAGCCAAGUUAUUUAUCCCUGUAUUCUCUCUUCUAAUGUUGAUCUUGUAGACGACUUCUCCUCUAAUUCUUCAAAAGGCGAGGAACAGUCGCCUCAGAAUAGACAGGCUACUCGCCAGAAGAUGCAGAAGACGUUUGAAUAUCUAGUGGAGACCAUAAAGCAUCUUCCUUCUAGGACGAUAACAGAAGAAGAUAUAACUAAACCCAAUGAUUCCCUGACGGACGGUUUUCGCAUUACUGCCAAGCAGUUCUCUAAGACGAAGUUGCUGAUACCAAGACCUGGUGACACAGUGCUGUACCUGAGACAUUCGGCAUUACAUGUCCGAAAGAAUGAAUCUAGGUCAAUCUUUCCGACCAUUCUACAACUACUUCAAGAGCUCUCUCCUCACCGUUGUGAACUUUUUACAAUAGAGACGGGAAGUGCUGUGGACAUAAUGCACAAAACAUAUAUUAGAAUACCAAUUGCCAACGCCUAUCUAAAGUCUAGUAUAUGGACUCUCAAGCUAAUCAGGGCUAUAUAUAGUUCCAGGAUCAACAUGGAAGAGUCCUACGUUACCAUCAAGGAACCCGUAGAACACGUGUUGACAGUUUCUCUGAAAGAUGAAGGCCGGGGAGAUCACGAGGUUGAGCUUGACCCUGUGCCUGACGGAGUAGGUGGAGCAGACAUCACAAAAGCAGACAGUACAAAAGGCACUGACUCCCGGAGCAGAUCUUUUAGCUUCAACGUUGUUCACGGUGGUCUCUCACGGCAAGAGGCAGAGUCUUUGCCACACUUUUUACUAUAUUAUGCCAAGAACAAGUAUGGCGUAACCGCCAUAGUCACAUCGCUUUUAUGGUCCUUGAUCGUCUCUGUUUGCUAUCAUCAAUACGAGAACAACGAAAUUUACCUAUUUGCGCGUUUUCUAUUCGGUGACUUAGACUUUGACUUUUACCUCACAUAUCUUGACAUCCAGCGGGCCCUUGGUGGGCUUCAUAGAGAUGCUGUGGAUUUAGUCGAGGUACCUGAGCUUUUACAAGCCAUACUGCCCAACUGGAGCAGUAAGCGCAGGUACAGUCUGUGCGAGAGCAUUUAUAGUUGCAAGCUGGUUCAGCGCAGUAAGCAAGCCUAUACCAUUGACAUAGUACAUCUUUCGCAAAUGAUAUUAGUGGCGUAUGGUGGCUAUAGGCGCUCGCUCUUUGAAAGUAUGACCCUUGUUUGGUCUAAGAUUAGUACAGAGAACUUUCUUACUGAAGGGAAGUUUAGAGAGUUCUGUGAUACAUGUGUUACUUUGCUCAACUUCAAUUCCGUAACAGAGGUGUUCUACGCUUUCUCCGUAGAGUAUAAGGACGACACCUCUGUCAUUGCUCAGUUGGAGAUAGGGGAUCAACCUGCAGUUGAGAGUUGCGCCCUUGCAGACGCUGUGCACGAUCUUUCUUGUCGACGCAUGUACUAUGCGAACUUUAUAGAUUUUUAUCUUAGCUACUGCCUUGGGCGCUAUGCUAUAAUAAGUAGUUUGACUCUCGAUGAGGUCAUGCGGGGGACUCCCGCGAAGCGCAACAUUCAAUUGGCAUCUAAAGUAUAUGAACGAUUGGUUGCUUUAUCACAAGAUAUCGCAACAAAAAAGCUUUCUUCUGCAGACAUAGAGGAACCGAAAGCACAAAAGCAGGAGCUUGUUAAGGCCAUACGUAAAGUAUUCAACCAUCUCAACCUGGCAUCCUGUGACAUCUCAGCGUACGACUCCCAGCGGGCCAUAGACAACAUGCGCCAGGGAAUAAAUUUACUAACAGACUGCUGCAUGGACGCCAAAAGCGAAGCUGCCAGUAUCGUGCUUGGUGGAGGCGUGGCUGCCCUUUCCGCAUUCAUUGUGCGAAACCAUUAG